GAAAGAAACGAAGGCAGAAAGAAGGGAAGAAGACAGUGGAGAUAUGGCGAAGGACCUGCUCUUGUUCAAGAGGUCUUCCUCCGUUCUUGAGGAGGAGGAGAGUCAUGAAUUCAAGAAGGAAGUUGAUGAAGAUAGGAUAGGAAAGGAGAGCCAACUUGCAUCUGCCAAAGCCGAGAUGGGUCAGGUGAGAGAAGAGAAUGAAAGGUUGAAGAUGAUCUUAUCGCGCAUAGUGAAGGACUACCACCAACUGCAGAUGCACUUCUUUGAUAUUGUCCAACAAGAAGACAACAAAAAGAAACCAUCAGAACUUACUGCCGCUGCUACUACAACUACCAGUUCCUCAGGUCAUGACAUUGACGAGUCAGAGUUGGUUUCUCUUAGCCUUGGCAAUAAUUCAACAGCAGUUAACAAGACAGAGGAGAAGGCGGACAGCAAAAGCAACGAAAAAAUGCAUGAUGCCCAUUUUACGGAAGGUUUAGAUCUUGGUCUGGACUGCAAGUUUCAACAGAAAGAUCAGAGUCCGCAGAACAGCUUUGAGGAGUCAAAAGGGGAGGAUGCUGUGGAGGGAUGGCCACCUAACAAGAUGCCUAGAAGUGCAGAAGUUACCUCACAGAAUGAUGUCUCACAACCUCAUCUUAAGAAGGCAAGAGUUUCAGUUAGGGCAAGGUGCGAUACUCCCACGAUGCAAGACGGAUGCCAAUGGAGGAAAUAUGGGCAAAAGAUAUCCAAGGGCAACCCAUGCCCAAGAGCCUACUACAGAUGCACUGUAGCACCGUCAUGCCCAGUAAGAAAGCAGGUUCAAAGAUGUGCAGAAGACAUGUCCAUUCUGAUAACCACAUAUGAAGGAACUCACAACCACCCAUUGCCAAUUCAAGCCACAGCCAUGGCUUCCACCACUUCUGCUGCUGCUUCCAUGCUCAUGUCAGGCUCGUCUAUUUCAACAUCCGGGACUUCCGCUUCUGCUGGGUUCACAAUGGAUGUUUCCGAUAACUCGAGAAUAAGGCCGUUUUACUUAACAAGUCCUGCACUUUCAUCAUCUCAAGCUUACCCAACAAUCACACUGGAUCUUACCUCUAAUUCCUCCACUCCCCAAUUCACUAGGCCACCAUCUGUUUUCUCCACAGUCCCUGGUUACUAUCCUUCAAACUCUGCCUCUGGCUUCAGCUUCUCCUCAGACAGAAGUGCAUUCCCUCUAUCAUGGAACACCACUACUGCCUCUUCAACUAGCAAUGGCUACUUCAACAGCUAUGGCUCACACCAACUCAAUGGCAACCCAACUGCGCUAGCAAGGCCACAACUAACACAAUUCUUUGGAACCCAUCUUCCAAAUCCAGUUCCUUCUUCACUAGGAUCAAUAUCAUCGUCCCAGCAGAACUUGCCCCCGGCGGUCACAGCCACCACAAAGGCAAUAUUGUCCGAUCCGAGCUUCCAACCAGCGUUGAGAGCGGCGAUUACAUCAAUUAUCAGUGGCAAAAAUAAUGGGGUUGCUGCAUGAUCUGCAACGAGGUUGUCUUUUCGAGUUCAUCUGCAAAAUCAGUUACCAUCAGACCAGGCAUGACUGUGCUAAGUUUAACUCAAACCCGACCCAGUUAUCAGAAGAGAUCUACUGCUCGGGCCGAACACACGAGGAGUGCUGGUUACUCCUGCGGAACACCAACGUCUUCCUCUAAUCUCCACAGAUUGAAAUGCUUAAUGUGGAUUAUACAUCAUACAUGAAGUGGUUGUAUUCAAUACGAUUUCAUUUAUUUUUCACAUUUUAUCAGAUUUUCAGCAUCGACACUUUAAUGUAUACUGUAACCAAAUGCAUCAAUGAAAG